AAUCUUGGGACAAUCUGCAUAUACUCAACUCCAGUGCAGAUCUGUUUCAGGAGGGCAGAGUAAAGAGCUCAGACAGAGAGAAAAAAUAGGGCUCAAAAGUUCAGAUAGAUGACAAAAGCAGGUCAAGACAGAAAAAAUCUUUCAAAGGCAGGGAGAUAAAAGUGUGUAGAAAGUCAGGGUGAGAGUCAGACAGAAAGUGGAGAAAUAAAUUCAGUUUUUUUAAAAAAAGAAUGGGCUCCCUAGUGAGCAGUGCUGCUGCUCUUCUCGUGACCUGUCUGCUGGCUUUGUUCUUUGGGGUUUCCUCAGUUCUUGGCCAGGAUCUGAGAGAGAGAGAUGCACUAUGCAAUGCAGAUGGCUGCUUUGUGGUCUACUUCCAACGCAAAACCUUCCUGGAUUCAUGGAGGGCCUGCAAGGAAAGAGAUGGCAAUCUAGCUACCAUCAAACGCGAGGAUGAUGCCACCACUAUUGCCACUCUGUUCUCCACUCUUGACUUGCGCCACUCACGCACCAAGGUUCGUGUAUGGAUUGGCCUGCAGCGCCAGCCUCGUCAGUGUACCAGUACACGUCCAUUGCGCGGUUUCUCUUGGACUACCGGUGACCAAGACACAGAGUAUACCAACUGGCAGAAAGAAGACCACCCUAGUAUGUGCUCAGUGCCACGGUGUGUGGUUAUGGGCUAUAGCACUCAAGAACAGAAUGAUAACUUCAAAUGGCUGGAUGGUGCCUGCUCUGUCCCUGUAGAUGGAUAUCUUUGCCAUUAUGCCUACAAAGGAAUGUGUGCUGCCUUGUGGAGUGAAGGGGCAGGUAAUGCUCUCUACACCACACCAUUUAACCUUCUAAGCACCCUGCUAACCCAUGUACCCUUUGGAUCUGUUGCUACUGUGCCCUGCCCUGGAAACAAUAAGGACGAACAGUCAGUUUUGUGUAUGAAUAAGGAAGAUGGAUCUGUGGGGUGGUCAAGAGAUUCUCCUCUCUGUUCUGAUCCCCCUGCAUCACACAACUGGUGUGACCAGGAUAAUGGAGGAUGUGAGCAUUUCUGCAGGCCAGCUGGUAUUCAUUACUACUGUGAAUGUGCUGAUGGGUAUCAACUCAGAGACGAUGGACAGAACUGUGAGCUGUCUGAUGUUUGUCAACAGGCCCCCUGCGAGUUUGAGUGUCUUCCCCUUUCAGAUGGGUACCGCUGUGCCUGCCCUGAAGGAUACAUGCUUGCACCAGAUGAACGUGGCUGUCUGGAUGUAGAUGAGUGCCUUCAGAGUCCUUGUGAACAGGUUUGUGUGAAUGCUCCAGGGACAUUUGAAUGUCGAUGUAGGGAGGGUUACCAUCCUGAUGAUGAAGGUGGGUGUGAAGAUAUAGAUGAGUGUAUGAAUGACCCGUGUGAACACGCCUGUGAAAACACUUUAGGCUCUCAUAUCUGUCACUGCCAUCUGGGUUUUUCCCCAGUGCCUAAAAACCCCAGCCAAUGCCAAGACAUUGACGAGUGCCAGAUCCCUGGGACCUGCGAACAGAUGUGUGUAAAUUAUGAGGGUGGAUUUGAGUGCUACUGUGUAGAAGGGUUCGAACUAAUGUCUGAUCACUACUCGUGUCACAAGAGGGGGGAAGGAGAUGACCAAUCUGCUGUCACCCCUCCUUUUUCUUGGAUCACUCAUCAGCCUGGACCUGUGUGGGACACAGUGAACUAUGGAUGGAACCCACAGCAGAGCCACACUGACUGGCCUACAGAAGAGGAGCACUCUCUGGACUGGCUGACUGACCCACCCAGAGUUUUGGAUUCUGAUAUAAUUUGGGUCACAAGUGGUCCUAAGGACAACCUGCACUUUGAUUUAACACUAAACCCUCCAACACAGGACCCUGAGAAAAAUGAGGAAGAUAUAGACGACAGAGAAGCUGACUGGUUGCAAUGGGGACAGAGAUUGCAGCCUGAGCAGGAGGAUUUAGCAGUCCCCAUCUACACCAUGCCUCCACCCACCACACCCACCAAAUCCAGAACUACCCCAGAAUGGUACGAAGAUGAUGAAGAGGUGACUACCACCAAUCCUCCCUUCCUUUCUACCUCCACAGUCUCUGAAGGAGCUUGGAAUUGGUGGGCAGGGCUCACAACUUCCAGCCAGAAAGCAGGAAAUCCAGAGGAUUCAGUCAUAGACCACAACAUGCCCACAGAUUCCACUUACCACAACGGGGCAGAGGAAGAACAGGACCCCCUUAGGGAAAAGUUCCCUGGGAAGGAGUUAGGGGAGGAGGAAAAAGACAAUGUUUUUCCCACCCGGCUUGCUCCUUCCCAGCCACCCCUGAGUGAGGGUGGAGAGAGUGGUGAAGAUAGGGGGCAGAAGCAGAGCAGUACUUGGCUCUUGGUGGGCCUCCUUGUGCCCAUCUGUAUCUUCAUUGUGGUGAUGGUGGCGUUGGGCAUUGUUUACUUCACCCGCUGUGCUGUUCAGCCACGCAAUAAGAAAGCCAGUGACUGCUACCAUUGGAUCUCUGGGGCUCAUGAUAAACAGGGAGCUCCUAACCCCUCAGCAGAGGUCAAGACCCUUGUUUAAGCAGAGGGAAAAGAAAUUGGCAUUUAAAUAAACAGACUCUGCUUCCAGAGGUAAGCAAGAGUGAAUAAUGGACCUGGUAUGGGACAAGCUAAAUGUUUUACUUUCUGUGACUGUUGAAGUACUGACUGUUUGAAAACAUUUGGAUGUUACUGUUAAAUAUUAAUGAGAAGGGACACUGAAAACCACUGGCCUUUUUUUUUUUGGAUGGAGUUUCUAUGUUGUACAAACUGCUUUGAUGUUUGAUACACUGACCACACAGCACAAGACCUAAUUGCUUCAUGGUUGCACUAGUUGACAUAAUUAUUAAAUAUUGCCAUCUUCAUUAGUGAUGUAAAGAAAAAAAAAUCUGCUAAUAUCUGAAAUUAAUGUGUGUAGUCAUUUAUUCAUUUUCGCAUUUCACAGCUGGAACCAAAUGUACUGAUGGCAAAACUAUUCUGUCUUAUUGAGGUAGCAAAACAAGGAUGUUGAACAAAAUCCUCAAACUCAGCUAAUUUCAAUAGCAUAUCACUGUACACAAUGGUUCAUGUCAUUUGUGUUAAAGGGUUUUAGAUGCAUUGUUAACACACGUCACCAGUAGGUGAAAGGAGCCUGUAAGCAAAUAUCCCUUCAAGAGAAAAGACAUUCUGUGAUCACACGAUAAUGCUAGGAAGGCAAUCAUUUGAAAAUCACUGUGUUGGAUAUGAAUAGUCGAGAUAUGAGACCAAAACUGUUUUUGUAUAUAGUGGUUAUUUUGUAUUUAUGCUCGUUUCUUCCUUGUUACCAGUCAUUAAAAACCUAAUUUUAAUAAGUCAAUGAGAUACCUUUUUUACAGGUCCCAUAAAUCUGCUGAUUUUCAAAGGAAUAGCUUUCUUUCCUGACAUUUUUUAAGGUUAAAGGGCAGAUGUUCACACUCCAUAUGUUGUACAGGUUGCACACUCCAUAUGUUGACAUUAGUCUUGACCUUGUUCAUGAAAUGGCCAUCAGUCACCUCUGCAGCCUUAUUUCAUUAGAAGACACCAGAAAGUGUUGCCUCGCUGUUAUUAGCGCAAGAAUUCAUAAAGAUUAUCACAUUGCAAUGAUCUCAGAUUACAGAUUCCCAAACUAAAAAGAACAUGGAAAAAUAAUUAAUUGAUGUUUUUGAUUAAGUAAUUAUAUUACAUCAGGUUAUCUGGCUUUUAUAGACCAAACAAGGAAAAAAAUCCAAAUGUGCAACACUUACAAGUUAAAACACCCUUAAUUUAAGUAAUAAUUUACUAUUUAACGCCAUAUUAUUUAAAGCGGCAAGACAUGUUUUUAUUUUAUUGACUGUGAAAUAUUACAAAAAAAUCUGGUGCCUUUUUUUCUGUUACAUGUUUGGAAAUUGUGAAUUAAAAACUAUGGCAAGGAUUUAGUGUGCAAUUUUUUUUAAUGACCUUGAAAAUAUUAAACUGUAUACUUGAAAGCUG